AUGCGCCUCCUCUGGCUCCUCAGUCUGCGCCUCGCCGCGACGCGCGCGGACACCUGCGCGGCGCCGACCGCACGGAUCCCGGCUGAAAACGCCUGCAACGCGACGUCUUUACAACUGGACUGCUCCGAGAAGUACCUGUCGAUGAUACAGUGCGGAGGAAUCACGUACCUCUUCAGCCGCAAGGAACUCAUUAUACCGGUCAACGGCGAGCUCGUGCGGAAGCACGAGCAGCGCGCCCGCGUGUCAAUCGGAGCCGGCUGGACGCCGUCCAUGCCCACGUCCCGGGCCAAAGUUUUCGGCGUGAGCGAGAACACGGCCUACGCUUGUGUUGAUGAUGUGUUAGUGGCGUACGGCGGCAUCGGCGAGCCGCGCGUCCGAAAAGUGUGGCCCCAUGCUAUGAGGGGCGACCUGAAGAUGGAGUCGCGGGGCAUCUGGCGGCGCGAGGCGAUCAUGACCAAGGGCGCGGGCGCUCUGUUGAAGUGGGGCCGCUGGGCGCGCGUGAUGACUCCGUACGCGGGCGGGCGGCUCCAGCAGAUUGACGGGGGGAAGCUCUCCGUGACGAAAUUCGGGGACGCCUGGCUGCUCUAUGGGAGGGCGAAUGGCUGCGGCGCGCAGGUCGCGCGCUCGAGGGACGGCCUCGCGUGGGCCCCGUUUGAACCGGUUCUUGUGGAUGCGAGAUUCGAGUUCAUGGUUGUCUCGACCAUUCCCAUUGAAUUCUUUCAACGGAUGGGGUUGGAGGGCGUCGGGCCCUGGGUCCUCGGCUGCUUCCCUUCUUUUGAGGGAGUGGCCUGCGCGCCUUCUGUUGAUGGUGUCACUUUCGCGGCGCCGCGACUCGUGGUGCGAGGUGCCAACAUUCAUAUUGUCGACGUCGACGACGCGCUGGAUGGUCUAUGGGUUUAUCGCGGUCCUACUUUGGGCACGAACGAGACGGAAAGCGCCGCCGCGAUCCGCGCGCGCCUGUCGGGCCGCUGCCGCGCGGACCGCGACGAGGCCUGCGAGAACUGCUACUCUCCUCAUAUGUCGACGCUCUGCCCCUUCUCAUUAACAGCCCGGGCGGCCGCGGUUGAGAGCGGCGUCGAGCUCGUCCUCGCGCCUACAAAUGGGGAGGCGCUGCGCUGGGUCCUGCCGCGGCACGCGCGAGCGCCGUGGCGCCUGCCGCAGCACGCUCCUCUGCGCUAG